AUGGACAACUUGAAACAUCAAAUUUCAACCAUUCAAUCAUCAAUGGAUAUGAGUUAUCAGCUUGAAAAGAGUUUCAUUGAAUUUUUAAAGAAGUAAGUCAUUAACCAGUUAUAAAAUCUCCUCAACUCAUUUUGAUUGCACUGACAGUGCAAAUUGUAUUAUUUUAAUGAGUUUCUCAUAUAAUUUACUCUAAAAUGAGCCCAUUUUAGAAACAAUUUCGCUAUCUAAGAUCUUUUUCGAGCUGCUGGCUCACACAAAAAAACAUUUCUAUUUAUAUUAUAAAUUUUUGUAUUAUGUAGAAUCAAAAUUUCCUCCACAUUAUAAAAUUAACCACCAUCUAGAAAAUAUAAUCGAACUUUAUUCAGGAGAGAAGGAAUUAUUCCCAUUGAUCAAUUCGGUGAACAAUGGAUAUGGAAAAAUUUUGCCGAAAUUUAUAAAGUGCAUCCGAAAAUCGAUAUAUUUUCGGCAUUUCUUGCUUUUCUCAUGAGAAUAUUCUAUCAACCGAUCGGGGUGGAUAUCAAGGUACAAUUGAUUCAAUUUUUCAAAAUAAGAGUCGAUUUCAUGAUGAAAGAGUGGAUUGAAAUUUACCACGAUAUCGAACUAGAACUUGAUGAUAAUCUCAUUGUGGGAUGGAGACACAAGGUAAUUUAAAAUGUUUGGGAAGAAACAUAAAUUAUUCGUUUCUAAAUCAGCGUUGUUAUUCCAAAUGAUUUCAGGAAAAACAGCUUGCUCAAGCCCAAAUUGAAAUCGAAAAUCUCAAAUCGGAAUUAUCGGAAACAAGGGGAAAAGAAAGAACAAAUGCAGCGGUGAGUUCCUGAAAUAUUGGUUUUGCUAUUGAUAUUUAUAAAUUUUUUUCAGAUUAUUGAGACUCAAAAAAAGGAGAUUGAGUUUCUUCGAAAAAUGUUGGAAAAGCAAUGA